AUGAGCUCCAUUAACUACGCCCCUCCUGUUAAAGAAGAGGAGGUCUGCUGGGCGGAGAAAGAAGCUCUUGUGAAAGAGGAGGCAGAAGAAGAGGAUGUCACAGUAAAAAAAGAGGCUGAAGAGGCAGAGAAGAGUCUCUCCAGAUCAGAACACCUCAAGAAACACCAGCAGAGACACACAGGAAAGAAACCACACUGCUGCUCUGACUGUGGGAAACGUUUCAAAUCUUCAUCAGAACUUAAAAAUCACCAGCGAGUACACACAGGAGAGAAGCCUUAUAGCUGUAAUCAAUGUGGGAAGAGUUUUACUCAUUCAAGUAAUCUGAAAACACACCAGAGAACACACACAAGAGAUAAGCCUUACAGCUGUGAACAGUGUGGCAAGAGUUUUACUCAGGCAAGCAACCUGUUAUCACACCAGAGAACACACACAGGAGAGCAGCCAUACAGCUGUGAUCAGUGUGGCAAGAGUUUUACUCAGUCAAGCAACCUGGUAUCACACCAGAGAAUACACACAGGAGAGCAGCCAUAUAGCUGUGAGCAAUGUGGGAAAAACUUUUCUCGGGGAGAACGCCUUAAAGAGCACCAGAGAACACACACAGGAGAGAAGCCUUAUAUCUGUGACCAGUGUGGCAAGAGUUUUACUCAGUCACGCAACCUGCUAUCACACCAGAGAACACACACAGGAGAGCAGCCAUAUAGCUGUGAGCAAUGUGGCAAGAGUUUUACUCAGUCAAGCAACCUGGUAUCACACCAGAGAACACACACAGGAGAGCAGCCAUAUAGCUGUGAGCAAUGUGGGAAAAGCUUUUCUCGGAUAGAACACCUUAAAGGACACCAGAGAACACACACAGGAGAGAAACCUUAUAGCUGUAAUCAGUGUGGGAAGAGUUUUACUCAGUCAAACAGCCUGAAUAGACACCAGAGAACACACACAUGAUAGAAAUCGUAUAGCUGUAAUCAGUGUGGGAAGAGUUUUAUCACCAGAGAGCACACACAGGAGACACUGCUCUGCUCUGACUUUGAAGAGCUUUGCUUCCAUAAGAAACCUGACACAACACCAGAGAACACACACAGGAGAGAAGCCUUAUAGCUGUGAUCAGUGUGACAAGAGGUAAUCAGACCACUUGAAUGAGAGUAUAUCAGAAAAUACAUGCAGGAGAUCCACAGAGUGUAGAAUGACCAACACCAGACCUAUAUACAUCAAAUCACAUUUUAUUUGUCACAUACACUUGUUUAGCAGAUGUUAUUGUGGGUGUAGCAAAAUGCUUGUGUUUCUAGCUCCAACAGUCCAGUAAUAUCUAACAAGUAAUAUUUAACAAUACACACAAUCUAAAGGAAUGGAAUUAAGAAUAUAUAAAUCUUUGGCCGAGCGAUGCCAGAGCAGCAUAGACUAAGAUUCAGUAGAAUAGAAUAUAAUACAGUACAUACAGUGGGGCAAAAAAGUAUUUAGUCAGCCACCAAUUGUGCAGGUUCUCCUACUUAAAAAGAUGAGAGGCCUGUAAUUUUCAUCAUAGGUACACUUCAACUAUGACAGACAAAAUGAGGGGGAAAAAAUCCAGAAAAUCACAUUGUAGGAUUUUUUAUGAAUUUAUUUGCAAAUUAUGGUGGAAAAUAAGUAUUUGGUCAAUAACAAAAGUU